AUGAGCUCCAGAGUUUGUCGAGAGCAAACACCAGCGACCCAUCAGGAGCGAAUCAGCGGGAUUCUCCUGCAGCGGCCCCGCUAUGAGGAGCGCCCGACAGAAAUCCAAACAAAAAACAAGAAGCGCGGCAUCCGUGCUUUCUUCAAGAGAACCUGGCAGGCUGUAAAGUGCGCUGACCGCUGUCGCCACAGAGGGAACAAAGUGGUGCCUCUUCAGCCAGAGACAGAUCCAGAUGAUCUCCUGAUUCCCCCGGAGUCGACGGCUCCCAGAGAUCCAGAUCUCCUGAUCCACAGCCAGGCUCAGUCCAGCACUGAGUCACCAGCUCAUCCUGAUGCUGACUUGGCAAGUCAGAGUCCAAUUCCAGGUGAUGCACAGAGAACCUGGCAGGCUGUAAAGUGCGCUGACCGCUGUCGCCACAGAGGAAACAAUGUGGUGCCUUUUCAGCCAGAGACAGAUCCAGAUGAUCUUCUGAGCCCCCCGGAGUCAAUGGCUCCCAGAGAUCCAGAUGAUCCACAGCCAGGCUCGUCCAGCACUGAGGCAGCAGCUCACCCUGAUGCUGACCGGACCGGUCCAAAUCCAGUUCCUGGUGCAUCUGGUCUCAAGAUGACCUCUGACAGAGACCCAGCUGAAAGUCCAUUUCUCUCCCUUUAUGAAGUGGGAAACAAGAUUUCAGCAGGAAUGUUCGGCAGCGUAUUUCAGGGGAUUCGUAAAUCUGACAGAAAACAGGUCGCCAUCAAAUUCAUUCAGAAGAGGAAGAUCGACAAGUAUAUACAUUUUGCUGGGUAUUCCAAGCCACUGCUGAUGGAAGUGGCUCUAAACCUCCUGUUGAAAAAAGCUCCGCUGAGCCCCAACAUAGUAUACAUGCUGGAAUGGUUUGAAGAGGAGGAUCAGCACAUCCUGAUCUUGGAGCAUCCGCGACCCUGCCUGACCUUGCUUGGACUGCGGCUUGACUGCAAGCACAGGACGCUAGAUGAAACGCAGGCACGCGGCUUGAUGUUCCAAGCGGUGCUCGCAGCAAAGCACUGCAUUGAUCAAGGUGUCUUCCACCGUGACAUCAAGCCAAGUAAUGUCCUGGUUAAUACGGAGACGAUGGAAGUCAAAUUAAUAGACUUCGGCUCCGGUGACCUCGUCAAACAAUCUGGCUAUCAGUAUGAAUUCAGAGGAAGACAUCGGCCACCAGAGUUCUACACGAAACGCAGAUAUCACGCGGGCCCGACAACAGUCUGGACUCUGGGCAUCAUGCUCUACCAAUUAGUAACUGGACGUCAAGCUUUUCGAACCGAAGAGGAGAUUAUAGCCGGCGAUCUGGCGUUUGACUCCAGUUUAUCCAAAGAAUGCCAGGAAGUGAUAAGCCAGUGCCUGAUACGUGAUCCAGACGACAGAGCGACGUUAGAGCAGCUCUUAGAUCACAAAUGGUUUCAACAGGAAGAUGAUCCAGCGGUAGAUCAGGGGUCAGGUGGAGUAACGUAG